AUUCUCGCCUCCUCUUUGCUGGAAGGGUCGGCCCAGGACACGCCCCUGACCCCGCCUUUCAGGCCGCGCGCACCCGCAGAUGCUUACAGACCCGGAAGUGGCUGUGGCGUGUGGAAGGGUACGCUGGCCUUUCUGGUUUCAGUAUUGCUGGUGUAAACCUGAUCAUCUAAGUCCACAUUUCUAUACCGAUAAAGCCUGAGAGACGCUACAGGUGUUGAAAUCCCCGAACGUGCACUUCCUACAGCGGAGUGACCUGCCCCACGCGGGAAGGAGUUUUGAGGAAGCGGUGCCGGCGAAGGGGCGGCCAGGAAAGCGGCGGAACGAACCGGUGCGGGGAUCUGAAGACGGAAUGAGAGAGACGGACACAUGAGGGGGAGAAGAUGUCGUUAAUCAUCAUUGGCUUCUGACACAAGCUUUGUGACAUCUCAUAUAAUGAGCUCGUACUGUUCUUAAAUGUGAAGUAGUCUCAACUUUUUAAAAACUUUAACUUUAGAAGUCAUCACACUAAAAACAAAACCCAAAUCGUUUUCCAUGUUAAACAUGUGUCUAAUUUAGAUUCUGAGCCCUGCACCCUUUCUUCUGUUUAUCACAUGUUGCAACACCCAUUGGUACUUACUGAAUAGUAUCAGGCUAUUGCACUGUGUACGUGGUAAGCAUGUCAAUGGUCUUAAUAGUCAGAACCUAGUUUCAUGAGUUUGUCUGAUGUUUUGUAGCCUUUUCCUUCCCUUUAUGUGAUUUGUUGAAUUAGUGACUGUGAGCCACAAAGGAGCUGUCCCCACUUACUCAUUUUCUAUAAAUAUUGAAGAAUAGACUGGAACAACCUGGAACUUGGUCCCACAGAGCUCAUCUAUUCAUGGUAAAGUGAUUUGAUCAGCAUAUCUCCAUAGUUAACCUUUUUUCAAAUUGUUCGGCAUCAAAAUCCAUGUUCAUCAUUUUAUAUUUUUUAAAUAAAAUGUUACGAUUUUCUGGAGGAAGGAAAUGCUUGUGCCUCUUCAUGUAACCUGGCGACAAACAACUCUGUGAUGGGAGGACUGUUAUCAGCAUCUUUUGUACAGAUAAGGAAACUGAGGCACAAAAGUGAAAGGUACAGAUAUUGUAACCUCCUAAAGUCAGAUCUUUGUUUUGUGAUUAUGAGUUGUGUGACUUUUUGGCAAAUUAUUUACCUCUCUGUGCCUUGAUUUCAGUGCCCCUUUGAAAAGGGGAUAAUAAUGUCAUCUGCUUCUCAAGCAAGUGAAUUUGUAGAAAGCCUGGGCAUUAAGACCUGUGUCACUGAGAGAUCAUUGACCUUCAGGGAUGUGGCUGUAGAUUUCUCUUGGGAGGAGUGGGAAUGCCUGGACCCAGCUCAGCAGAAAUUGUACAUGGAUGUGAUGAUGGAGAACUACAGGAACCUGGUCUCCCUGGGUCUUGUUGUCUCUAAGCCAGUCCUGGUCACCUUUUUGGAGAAAAUAAAGGAGCACUGGGAUGUGAAGGGAAAAAAGACGUGUGCCUACCCAGCUAUGUCAUCUGAAGACAACCAGGCCUUGUUACAAAAGCCAGGAAUAGAAGAUUUAUUCUCUAAAAUAAUACUGAGUACGUAUAAUGGAGCCAGAAGUUAUCAGUUCAAUGAACAUUGGAAACACUUUAACCAAGAGUCCAAUCCUAAUAAACAUCAGAAAAUUCAGCUUCCAGAGAACCAUUGUAAAGUCUUUGACCAAAAGUCAAAUCACAAUACUCAUCAGAUUAUUUCUAUUGUAGUAGAAAAGACAAGCAAACAAAGUAAAUACAUCAAAUCUUUGAAGCAAUCUUCAAAUCAUACUGAAGACAAUAUUCAUCCUGGGGAUGAAGCUUACAAAUGUAAUCAGUAUGGGAGAAUCUUCAGUAAAAUAUUCAAUCUAAAUAGACAUAAGAAAAGCUAUACUAGUGGUAAACUUUACAAGUGUAAAGAAUGUGGUAAAACAUUUAAUUGGCCUUCGGGUCUUACAAUACAUCAGAUAAUUCAUACUGGGGAGAAGCCUUACAAAUGCAGGGAAUGUGGCAAAGACUUUUGCCCAUCUUCCAAACUUACUAAAUAUCAGAGAAUUCAAACCAGAGCAAAGUCUUACAAAUGUUUAGAAUGUGGCAAAACCUUUAUCUGCUACUCAGAGCUUACUAAACAUCAGAGAAUACACAUAGGAAAGAAACCAUACAAAUGCAGAGAAUGUAGCAAAGCCUCUAUCCAGUCUCCAGACUUUACUGGACAUCAGAGAAUUCAUACUGGAGAGAAGCUUUAUAAAUAUGGAGAAUGUGGCAAAACUUUUAGCCAGCGUUCAGCACUUACUCAGCAUAAAAAAUUUCAUACUAGAAAGAAGCCUUAUAAAUGCAGAGAACAUGGCAAAGGUUUCAGCCAGUCCUCAACCCUUACUGACCAUCAGAGAAACCAUACUGGACAAAAGCCUUACAAAUGUGGGCAAUGUGGCAAAGCCUUUAAAUGCUCCUCAAAACUUACUCAUCAUCAGAUUAUUCAUAGUGGAGAGAAACCUUACAGAUGUAAGGAGUGUGGAAAAUCCUUUUUGUGGUAUUCAUACCUUACUAAACAUCAAAUAUCGCAUUCUCGAGAGAAGCCUUACAAAUGUAGAGAAUGUGGGAAAGACUUCAAGUGGCAUUCAUAUCUCACUGAACAUGAGAGAAGAGUUCAUACUGGGGAGAAACGUUACAAAUGUAGACAAUGUGGUAGAUCCUUUAUCUAUCACUCAGAACUUACUCACCAUCAAAAAAUUCAUAUUGGAGAGAAGCCUUAUAUAUGUAGUGUAUGUGCCAAAGCCUUUAAUCAGCAGUGGUGUCUUAUUCGACAUGAGAAAAUUCAUACUGGAGAGAAACCUUACAAAUGUAUAGAAUGUGGCAAAGCCUUUAGUGCAUCCUCAACCCUUUCUGAACAUCAGAGAAUUCAUACUGGAGAGAAGCCUUUUAAGUGUAGAAAAUGUGCCAAAGCCUUUAAUCAGCGGUGGUGUCUUACUCGACAUGAAAGAAUUCAUACUGGAGAGAAACCUUACAAAUGUACAGAAUGUGGCAAAGCCUUUAGAGCUUCCUCAACCCUUACAGAACAUCACAGAAUUCAUACUGGAGAGAAGCCUUAUAAAUGUAGAGAAUGCGACAAAACCUUUACCCAGCGUUCCAAACUUACUGUACAUCAGAGAGUUCAUACUGGAGAAAAACCUUACAGUUGUAAGGAGUGUGGUAAAACCUUUGCUUGAGAAUGAAUCUUACUAAAAAUUAGAAAUUCAUUCUUGACAGAAGCCUUACAAAUAUAAAGAAUGCGGCAAACCCUUUAAUUACCACUGGCCUCUUACACAACACCAGAGAAUUUACACACUGUAUGUGCCAGAGCCUUUAAUCAGCAGUGGAAUCUUACCUAGCAAGAGUGAAUUCAUACUGGAGAGAAACCUUACAAAUAUAGAGAAUGUGGCAAAGCCUUUAACCUGUGCUCAAAACUUGUUUAACAUUGCAGAAUUUGUACUGGAGAGUAAUAAUAAUAAUAAUGUAAAUAAUUUGGCAAAAUAUUUAACCUUUGUUCAAGCCUCACUGAGCAUCAGAAAAAUAAGCCUUAUAAAUAUAACACAUGCUCCCAAGUCUUUAUCCUCAUAGUUUUCUCAAUAUUUGAUCAUUAAUACUGCAUAAAAGACUAACAAAUAAAAAUGAUGUGGCCAAAGCUUUACCCGGGAUGCAGACCUUACUAAACAUCAGAAUUCACACUAAAGAAAAAUAAUACAAUUGUGAAGGUGAAAAGACUUUAUUCAGCAUUCGUAACUUACUCAACACAUGAAAAUUCAUACUAGAGAGAAACAUUAAAAGUAAAGAAUGUGGAACACCUUAUGGCUGGACUUACAACCUUGCUCAAUAUCAGGGAUUGCACAUUGGGGAAGAAUUCUAUAUUAAUAAUAAAAGAUGAAAGACUUGUCCACAUUAUACACUUCACAAAAGCCCAAACAACUUAGGCCUUAAAGUGACUUGAAAGAUGUAAAUAAUUUGUGGAAGUUUGUAAUUGAAUAGGAAUUUUUAAAAUCCCACUGAAUUCACAGAAGGAAGGUCAACAAUAGGUUUUAGGUAUUACUGUAAAUCAGAAUACUUAUACAGAAUAAUCCAAUUUUUAAAGACUCAGAUAAGGACUUUUAUUUGCUUCAGAGUAUCAAGGGGAUGGGUGUUUCUAUAUGUAUAAUUACUUACAGUAUAUUCUAUUUUAUAUUGACAGUAUAUUAGAUAUUUUGAAAAGAAGUAUUUAUGUGAUUCCACUUUCAUAAUGUUACUAUGUUUUUAUUCCUAGUGUGUAUGAUGAGUUUGAGUGUUGUUUUACAGAUCUGUGAACUCUUGUAUAUUAGGUGAGUUUCACUCAUAUCUCCUUUUCUAUGAAAGAUUGAAGACAUAAUGCACAAUGUAUGAAAAAAUCUAAAUGGAGAUGUUGUUUGUGGUUGAACUUAGAACAUUGUAUGUCACCACGAAGAGCAUCUUUUUUGCAUCGGUGUGAGACUGUGGAGCAUUAUGAAUUUUAAGUUCUUUUUCCAGUAACUCUUUCAGGAAAAUAUGGUGGCAGUUUAUUAAAACCCUGAUGUAUCUUCAUAGUAGCCAUAGACAGAUGUGACGAUGUAGUUGAGAUAAAAAAGUGAUCAGGGAUAUCUGAAAAGGUAUAGACAACUCAUUUCUUUUUUUAACUAUUCACCCAAGGAUAAGUUUAUUAAUUUUACAGACAGAAGAAAAGAGGGGAGAGAGAGAAUAUCGAUUGACUUCUAAAAGCAUAAAAUUAUUGUUUCAAUGUUUGCUAAAUAACUAACCUCCAUUCUGAAAACCAUGAAAGUACAGCUGUCAGAUUACUAUAUAGUAAGAUCCAAUCAAAAGACAGAGGGUAGCUGAAGGGAUAGAACAAGACCUAUAGAUAUGCUGUCCACAAGAGACCUACCUCAGAUCAGAGUGAAAGUAAUGACAUGGAAACAGUUCAUCUCUACCCCUGGGCUCUGAAGAACCUACUCUGUAGAAUAUUUUGCUCUAGUGAGCCAUCUAAAUUAUGAACCGUGAACAUACAAUAGACAUAAAGAAUAAUCAUGCUCAUAGUUAGCUGUGCCAUGGUAAAGGUGACUUAAUGGAGUCAACAUGUAAACAGUAUUUAGAUACCCAGAAACUUCUUUUGGCAGGUGCUCAUGCAGGUUAGAGCAGGCCUGAUGGGUAAUUCAAGUAAAGAUGCUUUGCUUUUAUCUGAACCACUCAAUAGAUGACUGCUUUACUUUCUUUUUAAAAUUUGGAAAUCCAGUGUUAAAAAAAAAAGAACUGUGCUGCCCUGUCCAGUGUGGCUCUGUUGACUGGUCAUUGUCUGGAAAAGCUAACAGUCACCAGUUCAAUUCCUGGUCAGGGAACAUGUCUCAGUUGCAGGCGGUCUCUGGUCUGUCAGGGUACGUGGAAGAAGCAACCAAUUGAUGUUUCUUUGUCACACUGGUGUUUCUCUCCCUCUCUUUUGGCCUCCCUUCCCUUUCCCAGAAAAUAAGUAAAAUAUAAUCUUAAAUAAAAUGAAAUAAAAAUA